GGCUCAUGCACACCUCGGUCUUUGUGGGUGUCUUGGCGCUCGCGCUGCAAGCUGCGACGGCGUUGCCCACGUGCGCGCCAAUCGAAGCCAACGUCGACUAUUGGGGCAACGACAUCGGUCGCACGGCGCGCACGUCGGCCGCCGACUGCUGCGCCGACUGCAAGAACAUGCCUGGUUGCCGUCUCUUUGUCUGGAACAGCCACGAAGGCGGCACAUGUUGGCUCAAGAGCGAGCAGGGCGCCAAGUCGUACUACCCCGGCGCCAAGGCAUCGGUCAUCAACGACAUCACCGUGCCGGACCAGUGCUCGGCGGUCCAAGAGCACGUCGACUACUGGGGCAACGACGUCGGUCGCACGGCCCGGGCCUCAGCGUCCGACUGCUGCGCCGACUGCGCGUCCACCAAGAACUGCGCGCUCUUUGUUUGGAACGGCCACGAGGGUGGCACAUGCUGGCUCAAGAGCAAGCAAGGUGCCAAGAGCUUCUACUUUGGCGCUGUCUCGGCGACGCUGGCGCCCGUGUCCGAAUGCGCGGCCGCCGAGGAGAACGUCGACUACUAUGGCAACGACAUUGGCCGCACGGCGCGUGCGACGGCGGACAACUGCUGCGACGACUGCAAGAACACGCCGGGCUGCCAGCUCUACGUCUGGAACCACCACGACGGCGGCACUUGCUGGCUCAAGAGCAAGAAGGGAGCCAAGUCGCCCUAUACCGGGGCCAUGUCGGCGACGCUGAAGGUGACGGUUGCGCCGACGACGAUGACGCCGGCACCCACGACAACACGCCGCAGCCGACAACACCCAAGCCGACGACCGCCACACCCGAGCCCACGACCGAGGCGCCUGUGCUGA